GUCUUUUCCCUUCCACGCGACCAUCGCCGUUCGACGUUUAAAUAAAUGGCCACCGUUGGAGCUUCUGACCAAACAGAAAACGAAAUGGUACGAAACGAGCAACACCGUGUUCACGACGGCUCCAGGGAGCACCAUGGUACAGGGGAGACCUUUCUUUUUACUUCCGAGUCCGUAGGCGAGGGACAUCCUGAUAAGCUAUGCGACCAGAUAAGUGAUGCUAUCCUAGAUGCUCAUUUGAAAGAUGAUCCUUAUUCAAAAGUGGCCUGCGAAACCGUGACCAAGAGUGGGAAGGUUCUAGUUUGUGGCGAAAUAACAUCUACUGUCAAAGUAGACUACGAAGAAGUUGUGAGGAGAGUAAUACAGCACAUCGGAUACGACGAUGUGGAGAAAGGUAUCGAUUACAAAACGUGUGAAAUCGAGGUGGCCAUCGACAAACAGAACGUUGAGAUCGCAAAUGGAGUACACAUAGACAAACACGAAGAAGAGAUAGGGGCUGGAGAUCAGGGUCUGAUGUUUGGCUACGCCAGUGACGAAACAGAGGAGUGCAUGCCGUUGACCGUCAUGCUUGCCCACAAACUCAAUGCCAGACUCGCCGAGCUGCGAAGGAACGGAACAUUCUGGUGGGCAGGACCCGAUUCUAAAACUCAGGUAACAUGUGAGUACAUUUUCGAUCAUGGCGCUGCCGUUCCUCAACGAGUACAUACAGUCGUCGUAUCUUCCCAGCACACAGAUGACAUCACACUAGACAAGUUGCGCCAAGAAAUCAUGAACAAAGUCAUCUUGGAGGUCAUUCCCAAGUGUUAUAUUGAUGACCAGACUAUUUAUUAUAUCAAUCCGUGCGGCAGGUUCGUCACGGGUGGACCAAAAGGAGAUGCUGGACUGACAGGCCGUAAAAUUAUCGUUGAUACAUACGGUGGAUGGGGUGCUCAUGGAGGAGGUGCCUUUUCUGGAAAAGAUCCUACCAAAGUCGACAGGUCUGCAGCAUAUGCAGCUCGGUGGGUGGCCAAAUCUUUGGUUGCUGCAGGUCUGUGUAGGCGGUGCCUAGUCCAACUAUCAUACGCUAUAGGAAUUCCAGAGCCUUUAUCAAUUGCCAUAUUUUCAUAUGGAACUUCAGAAAAAAGUAGCCAAGAGUUACUACAAAUUGUAAAGGACAAUUUUGACCUCAGGCCUGGUAAAAUCAUUAGGGACCUGAAACUGAAAACACCAUUUUACCAGAAGACUUGUGUCUAUGGGCAUUUUGGAAGACCUGAAUUUCCAUGGGAAACUCCAAAGACUUUGAACUACUGAUCCUAGUCAAAAUAAAGUUUAUGCAAAAGAAAACUUGCAGAUGUUAUAAUAUACAGGAAGAUCAGUUUUUAAGUUUCAUUUGUAUUAAAGGAUUGAUUUGUAUCCUUUGAUACAGAUUAAUUUAAAGCAUAUUUUGUAAUACCUUUAUUUAAAACUAUAAUUAAGCCAUAAAAUGACAAAAAUAAUAAGAAUUUUAAAUAAUAGCAAUCAGCAACUCUUUUGCAUAAACAUGAUUUUAAUUUUUAACUCAUUACCAUGCAAAAUAUAUCAUUCAAGCCUAUGUUUAAGCAGGCUUGCAUAAUUUUUACUCAUAAUGUAAUGUACUGUCAGUUUUGUCUGUCUAUGUUUUAUGUGUUUAGUGUAAGAAAUAAACACUUCUUUAUAACAAAA